AUGUUGGUGCAUCUUAUAGCGUACGAACCUGUCAUCUGGCGGGGUGUCAGCUGUUUCGACUUAGGCGAGAAGCUUACUACCACUGCGUCUGGGUCAGCUUACUUGAUCCCGAUGAAGCUCACAGUGACAGCAUCCAAGGAUCUGAGGUCAGCUGAUGAUGCGGAGGGCUGGACAGCUCACGACAUCAACCAGCAACUCAGAGCCGGUUGCUUGACUGCUGUCAGCUUUGCAGGCCAACGUGGCAAGCUCACGACGAGACUGUGGUCAGCUACUGACCCGGACAUACUAGCAUACCGCUACACACUGCCUGCUCCCAACCAAUCAGAGAGCUUACCGACAAGCCUGGAGCUGCUGUUAGCUUUCAUGCUCGAUUGGACAGCUGACGAUUCCGCUCUCUUGGGAGUCAGCUGGAGCGAAGAAAAGAGGAAGCUUGCCUUCAGAUCUGAUGCCGUAAGGCUUAGAACAGAUUUCGGCAAGCCUAUCGGUCUCCUCACCCAUGAACUGGAGGUCAGCUAUACUACCGUAGAACCGAGAAGAGAGCUUAACGGACUCACUACGACUGCAGGUCAGCUUGCGACCGUCCAGCAAAAGCCUACGAAGAGCUUUGCUCGCUGGGUGUCAGCUGCAUAG